AUGUUAAGGAAGGAAAUCCUUGAAAUUAGGAGUUGGACUGUGACCGCUUUCUUGAUGUAUCCCAGAUUUCUGUGAUGGCUGGCAAAAAAUUCAAGGCAUAUCACAACUAGAAUUUUUUAUGUCUCACCAGGCCAGUGAAUUUCCCUGUAUUUGUUUGGCUUCAGUAGCCUCAGACUUAUCCCCAAUACAAAGACGGAAAUAUUACAAUAUCAAGAAAGCCAUUGUCAAGGUGGAUUCAAUAACAUUAAGAAAUCCUGAUUGACCCCAAUUUAUUUCUGAUUAUCCAUGGUGAUGGGUUGAUAAUCAGUGUGUUUUCCAGUUAGUUAGUAAAAUUUACAUGUAGUACAGUUACGAAAAGAACAAAAUUGUGGGAUUUCUUUGCAUAAAAACUAGAAACUCCAGAAGGUAGAUUUCAUGGUCAAUGUACUAUUAAUACGUGAAUUCAUAUAAAUCUUUAAUCACGUGUGAACGAGUUGCCUAAAGAUGUACAUGCUAGAUUGUUGACUUUCGUAACAAACUGAAGGUCCCUUCACAAAUAUUACUUAAAAUAACUGAACAUAACACUUUAUUUACACCAUUCACACAUUAUAUUUCUAGCACCUGCAUUAUUUGUCUUCAAAUAAAAUUUUAUGCGACAAUUUAGCCUUGCACAGUUUAUGAGUACAGUAAUGUGGAAAGAGGCUAGAAACGUGGAAUCGAGGGUACUGAUUUGAAUUUUCAAUUCAAUAUGGCAUCUUUAGGUAAUGUCGUAUUUUAUUGAUCAUCGCGUUCGUGAUCUCCUUGACACACAAAAAUUUUUUCAUAAGCCCUCCUCCUCCCCAUUCCUGCCUUUUCCUUGUUCUAUAGUUUGUAUUUUUCAGGCGGUUGAUUGCCCUCACCUUCGCCGGCAAUACAUGUUUAAUGAAAGUUUCAGUUUAUAUUUGUAUUGGAUUUUCAGAGUUUAAUAAACUGGCUAUAGAUGUGCAAAAUUUCACAUAGCCAUUUUUUUUCUAUCAUGUUGUUUGUAUUGCCUUUUCGAACAGAGCACAGCACAUAUUUCAUUCUGAGUAAGGUUUACCAUUUUGUGGGUAGAUUGAAGCGUAAAUAUUUUUUCUCUUACUGUUACUAUUUAUUAAUACUAAGUAGAGUGUAAAGAGGCCAAGUAAACUAUAAUCUUGCUGGCCCCUAGUUCUAAUUCUAUUUACUGCUAGUAGUUUCCAGUGGAAAGCGAAGUGCUGCGAGUAAAGCAUGACAUUUCAAAUAAUUUGCACCGGGAAUCUGCAUCAGUUACAGUUUAUUUUGAUUGUUCAUAUUUGACAUUAACUGUGUCAAAUAACUGUGCAUGUAAUGCUACACAACACAAAGGCAAACGAUAAAAACUGAACUUUGAACCAAAAUAAGUGUUUAUAUCAAGCUACAUUGUAUAAAAGUCCAUGAGAAUAAAUCAGCAUAUUAUUUGUCUGAAACCUGGCCACGAUAAAGUUAAGAGCACAUGAGCGCGUGGGUGAGUGAAAGAGUGAAUUUCCAAUCGAGUUCAUUAUUAAACUGGUUCAUAAAGCUUUGAUCAAAUCACUUUCAACCUUUUCUUCCAUUGUGUAUGAAACGUUUUACUACCAAGGGAAAACAAACCUUGUCACACUUUCUAGAAAAACUCUUAAUAACUAAAGCAAUUUAUCAAUUAAAUAAAUACAACAAAGCCUGGCUGAAUACAAAUUUAGCCAAAACACCGACUUUAUUUACCGUAGAGUUCCAGGAAUUGCUUGAAAUGUUCUGAAAAACGUAUUGCUCCAAUUCACAGGAAUUUUUCACCUUCACUUGUAUUCAUACUCUUCACUAGCACAAACGUGGCUUUCUAUACGAAACAGGAUUUCUUCCAGGCUUAAAGUUUUCCAUAUUAUGCUUUAUUUGACUGUGUUCAGAGUGACCUUUUGUUUUCUUUCUGAAUCGAUUGACUCCGAACGAAAGAGCCUCACUUUCAAAUGCCAUACUUGAAAUCGAGGCGUAUGCGGUGAUAUACGUACGUACAUAUUUACAUCCUAAUUAAUCUCAAAUGAAGCUGGCUUCCGGCACAGGCAACUGACGCUGGUCAUGUAUGUGACCUGAAUUAGUCUGCUGCAAAGCCUGGUGGCUUUGCAGCAACAGUAAUAAGCUUUUACUCUCUAUGUUAAAAAGAGUUUUGCUUUUUUAAUUUUUGAUUUUUGAGGAUAUCAUUUACAGGUGUAUAGAUCAAGGGCCGCCGUCUGCGACUCAGCGACAGAAAUUCCAUACUGCUGAUGCAAAAUCUGUCCGAAAUCCGGUCAGAAGCGCUAAUUGGUCAACGGAGUAGUUUCAUUGUUCUAGCUAUUGUUUAUGAAUGACAGACAAAAGGCAGCAAAGGUCAAAUGUAAACACGAUGAAUCUCUUACAAAACAGUCAAUAUUUGUGGAAUGUAGUCUUCUCUUGAAGAAGCAUUUGAGAGUUCUGCUGGAGCUCAUUUGCAGAUAAUCACAAGACUUUUCCAAAAUCGACCAAGAGAAACGUAAAAUUGAGCAAAUUUGCAUUUGGAACCCUAUGACUACCGGAUAUAUCAAGUAAACAUUGAUUUACAUCAUCAGUAUGGAAUUUCUGUCACUAAGUCGCAGAGACAUUCGUCCUCCCAAAACGUCCCUCAGCGGCGAUGAGCAAGGAGAAACGUCUGCCAUUCGCAGGCUACCCUGGCAGCAUAUGAUUUCCCUUUCAAUUAGUGGUAUUUUUGUAAGAUAAUUAUUAACAAAACAUACCUUAUUAUUUUGUUUUUUUAUCUCUUGAAUAUAAUAUUGUUGUUUGUAAUUACUUUAAUAUGAUUUGCAAUGACUGUUUGCAUGUAGAACUGUCAGGACAAUCACUGUAUCAGAGCCAGGAAGAAAAAUGGCAGGUUUAAUGAUGGAAGUACGUAAUGCACAUCAGAGACAUUACACAAGUAGAGUCCUUCCUGGUGUGGGCAUCUGUAUUGUAGUAAGUACAUUCUAUCUUAUUAUGUUUUCAAAUCAUGCUAAUUAAUGCGCUAGGAAAUGUUUACAAUGUGUGUGUAGUCCCAGAAAAUAGCCAUACCUCCCCACAGAGAGCAACUGAAAUUCUGAGGGGAGGGGGGGUCCAAAAGAUGGUGAUUUCCAAGGGGGUGGGGAUGCUUACAGUGGUUUUUUUUCCAGUGGGUCUGAGUAAGAUUGGUAAGUUAUUAAUAAAUUACAGCUUCUCAGUUGAGGAAGCUAUCAGUUAUUUUACUGUUUAUACCUUUGUUUCAAAACAAGUAUUAUUGUUUACAUUGAUCAUCUUUUACCUAUAAAAUUUACGGUUGGCUAAAUGAUUUUUUCACGGUGCGCUAUAGUUUUCUUAAAUACAAUAUUUAUUGUCAUCGGCUCAUGAACAAACUUCCAGUUAUCUAGUUGUUGCUUUAUUACACGUUUGAUUUAUUGUAAUUUGGUCAUGUGUUAAGCCUUCUUGUAACAUAUUCUAACUGAAAUGAAGUACUGAAAGUUCACGUGGUGUUUAGUUUGAAAGUAACUGGUUCUUUUGCAGAUGACAUUAUUCGUGUAGUCAGUAGCAUAAUUAACCCAUUCGCUCCUGAAGAUUUUGCCGAAAAACGCGUUUUGAAGCUAGUCGAGUGGUUUUCUGGUCAUUGUCGUGCUAUAAAGAGCUAAAACUUACCACAAACCGGUUUACAGGUCGUACACUUGGCGGCCUUCUGAUCCAGAUGCAAAAUAUCAGCUUGCGAAGUUCGGGCAUGCGCAGAAAGCAAAAUUUCGCAUAGUUUUUGGGUUUAAAAGUGACACAGCAGUCUUGACUUUUACUUUUUGCUUUCUCUCCUCCCUUCUUUUUCCGCUUUUCUUGCCUCAUUUUUUUUUUCUCUUGCUGGGCAUUUAGUAGGCUUCAUUUUGGUGGGAAGAGUUUUUAGGAAAGCUUUUAGGAUCUUAGGAUUAGGUGAAAGGAAAGGUAGGUGGGUAAUGGAACAAGAUUUUCAUGGAGAUUUUCAGGUCCUUGUCACGUGGUUUUUUGCUUCUUUCUCCGAUGUCCUUGACUGAAUUGUGCUCAUUCUGGUAUGGUUUGAAAGAUCUCUUCACUCUGCACAAGUUAGCGAAGAAAGUUGUCCUUGACCGUUAAAACUGAUGACGUCACAAAGGGUAGAAAGGACCUGGAUCCGCACGGGCGGUUACGGGCGGUUCAGGGGCGAAUGGGUUAAGGUAUCACCUCUAUGGUUAAUUGUUAGCUAAGAACGUCCUUGAGAUCAUUAGACACCGUAUACGUAUUAACAUAUUAAAUAAAAGAUUUUUUCUCAUUUUAUCUCAGAAAAAAUUAUCUUUUGCAUAAUAAUAUAGUGUGGUGGAGGGUGGGGAGGGGGGAAGUGUAUGACAAGCACCUUCUGGAAUUUGUGGAAAUUCGAUACAGUUUACAGUGUUUUGAUACAGUUUUUCUGAUUCCAUACCAAUGUUUUUCAUUGUUUUGAAAGUGAUUUUAUCCUUGUCUGAUUGCUAUAAAAUUUUCUCUACUGAUUGAUUUUGGAUUGAAGUUUGUCAAAAAGUGGUUUUAAGUAAAAUCGGUAUCACUUUGAAAAAAAGGGAAGAAACAAGACUGAAAUAAAAUUAAUAUCCAAAUUGAUGGAAAUGAGAAGUGAAUGACAUUGGUGCAAUCACUGCACUAUAUAAUGACGUCACAAUCUUUUUCUUUUCUUUUUUUUUCGAGUGAAAAGGAUGCACUUUAAUAUAAUGCUAUUGUAGCAUGUAAAAUACUGUAUGGAACCUACCUUGCCACACAACCAAAUGUAACAAUAAUAUUAAGAGACAAUUUUUGGUUUGGUGGUUUGUGCUCAUGGUGGUGUGCUUUACAGCUUAGAAAUUCUGCCACAGGCUUGUGAAAAAUCACAAACAAACUUGAUUUUCUCUUCAGUAUGUUAAUGGUUUUGGAGUGUUACUCAGUUGUGUUAUGUUUCAUUGCUGUCUGACUAAGACAGAGCUAUGGAUCCGAUUUCAGUGAUUAGUUUAAUUUUGUUAAAGUUAUUGUGAUUAAUGCAGUACUAAAGUAAAAAUCUGCACUUACGUACAUUUUUUGGAGUCUGCCAAAAAGGUUCUUGUAUUUUUGGGUCCUUCUAGUUUGAUAAUUUGUUACUUCAUAGGCUAUGAGUCUUUGACUAGUUCUUAAUCAUGUUCGUAAAUUUGGUGAAGCAGAUGCAACUGUAUAGUCAUUGACUACCACAAAACUUGGGAUUGGUUCUUACUUAAAUUUAUACAAUACACUGUAUUUGUUUAUAACUGUAUUUUGAUAAGCCUAAAUAAACUGAUUGCAGAAUGUCAAUGUACAUCAUUGACAUAGCCAACAUUGCAUCAAUUACGAUGCAGAGAAGACCAUCGCAGCGAUACACAACUUAUUGCAAAAUGAGGCCUAAAUAAAUGAAUGUAUGAAUUUCAUAUAUAUUUAAACUGUGGGAUGAAGAAAUAGAUGCAAAGUAGGUAGAUCAUCACAGUUGCAGUGUAGAAAUGCAAUUUAUGCAGUUGUGAAAAGGAAGCUUGAAAAAAUCUAGCAGGAUUCGAACCCUGACCUCUUCAAUACACUCUCAGCACCCAAGUCCAAUUGAGCCAGCAAACCAACAGAGAUGCCAAUUCUUUUGUGCAUAAUGGAACUAUUCACCUGUGCUGUGUUAACACAAGAAUUUAUUAAUUAAAAAGUAAAUAAAACAAAUAGAAUGGAUAAAAUUUAGAUUUACGUAACCUUCAAAAUGUAAUUGAAACAGUUAGUACAGGUAUUGAGAAUGCCAUAUGAGGAACAGCACUUUAAAUUUAUAUUAUUUUUCAUCUUUUCACAGGUUUUAGGCAUUUUCAUGUUUGCAUCAGGUAUUGCAGUCCUUGUUAAUCAGAAAGACCAUGCUGCUCUUUCCUCUGUGCCAUUUCAAUCAGCAGCUGUUGUCAUUCUUAUUGCUGGAAUUUUGAGCAUUAUUGCUGGAAGUGUUGAAGUCAUUGCAAUGAAAUGUAGAGAAUGCCCACCGGCAGAAGCAAAGAAAUAUUUAUUAAUAGUAAGUAACUGGGAAGCAUCUUGUUGGUUUGUGAAGUUGAGGAUAAGCAUUCCAUCCCAAAUUGUGAACAAUAUCUAAAUAGAAAUUUUUGUUUACAUAGUAGUACAGUUGAACUGCCAUGUGCUACCUCCUGUUAUAAGGGUACUCCUUUUGUAAGCAAGUUUGGUUCCAAAGAAGGCAAAUUUUACCAGUCAAAUCACUAUUGUUGGAACCACUUAUAAAUGACCACCUCUAGUAAGCAACUGUAGCCACUUUUAGGGAGUGAGGUUUCCAUUGCCUGUUCCGAACCCUUAGUUAGCCAGGACGUGCAAAAAUGUUCUCAGGAGAGAGCAUCUGACUGCAUUGUAAAUAAUUGGUAUUUCAAUGGUUUGUCACCUCCUAGACUAGGAACAGUCUCAUAUUUUUGUAGUCCCUUGAGCGAAACGUGCGAGAAGCAUAAGACGCUUGCAUGCGUGUGCACCCUCCUUACUAAAUCAGUAGAAAAAGAGAGACUUCUUGCAGGCUAGUCCCCUCCAAUCAAACAUAACUUGUAAAGGAUCACCAAACAUAAUCAUUUAAUGCUAACGGUUUUUUUAAAGAAAUUCUAGUUGUUGAUACAGCUGAAGUUCUGUCUUGACUACAUAGAGAGCGGCUUUUUCAUUGAUUUUAAGUCUUACCCCUGUACACACUCCUCCAUGGCCAUCUAUGUUUCUUGUAAAGGCACAUUCUGGGUUAGGGUUAGGGUGAAGUUUAAAGUGGCCAAUUUGACUAUGGUUGACCUAACAGAUUGGAAAUAAAUGCAAGUCUAGUGUCCAUUUUCAACAGAAUUUAACUGACAUUUACAUGAUUGUACUUCUUAUUGGCAUCAUCCCAGUAAACAGCUUGCCCCUUAUUGGAAGUGUUUGUCACUUUUUGAAGUUACACCAGAUGAUGCAUUUUGAUUUAUCAGUAAUCUACCAAGAGCUUUGAAAGUAGUAAUACUGCUUUACAUGUACUAGAAAAUUUCUGUGAAUGAUUUGAAUUGAAAAAUAAUGUUAUUGUACCUGUAUCUGUAUUUUAUAAAAAUUUUCUUUUUUCCUACAGUUUUUGAUUGUUCUUUUACUUUCUGCCCUGCUUGCCUUUGUGGCUGGAAUUAUGGCUUUUGUUUAUACCGGACAGGUAUGUCUUUAUCCUUUUUUUUAAAAAAAUUGUUUUUUUAUGUAUUGUCAAACCAGAAAGUUAAGUUUUUCCUUUCAAGGCACAAGACAAUGUUUUUACUUCAUACCAAAACUUUACAAUAAUUAUUAAAAUUAUUACUUAAUUACAAUUAUUAUUUUAUUGUGCAUUAUUGUCAUUAAUGCUGUUGAAUUAUUUGCACUCUCUGUUAGUUGCUCCCUAUCUAUUUCUAGAUACACUGGAGCAAAAGAGAAUGCCCAGGACUGCAGGCUUGUCACCUGUCUUACAACAGGGUUGUUUGAGCCAGUUAAAAAUUAAAGUUUUGGAGUUAGAGUUAUAAAAACUGCAGCUGUCUCUUUUUUUAGGUGGGAAAUAAAAUGGAGGAUGACUUAACAGUUCACCUAAAGCAGUAUGGUGUGACAGGUCAUUAUGGAUCCCUUGUGGGUGUAAACAGAGUACAAUCAAAGGUGCGAAGAAUUACCAUUGUAGUGAUAGACGUCUUUAAUCAGCCCAUUCCGAAGGCACCUCCUAUUAAACUUUCCUUCCCUCACUAUAGCUAAUACACAUUGUUCUCAACAUAGAACCAAUGUUGUGGAGUCAUCAACUACGCUGAUUGGCGGAAUACUACAUAUGGUGGUCAUCGAUAUGACAAAGUACCAGACAGUUGUUGUACUGAUCAAGUGCAUGCCUGUGGAUUUGAAUUUGAACUUAGCAAGAUUAAUCGUAGGGUAAGUUCGCUUGGUCAAUAGGGUGAGUAUUUAGCCUAUUGCAUGAUGAUAAGUAUGAUAUGAACUCGUCCGCCUCUUUCAUCAUAUAGAGUAAAAAGUAUACAUAAUACUUCAUGGAAGGUGCUUGCGUACGGCAUUUAACGCACGAGUUGUUGAUGUGUCAGAAAUCGGAUGAGGGUUUCCAUUUGACUUCCCACAUUGCAUUAUUCUCAACCUGUUUGUCACCUUUUAUCCUUCAACAGGGCUGUCUCAAAUUGGUAAGGCGUUCCGCUUCCAAUCAUCUUAAAUUGGUUGGCAUAGGAGGAAUACUCGUGGCUAUAAUCCAGGUUUGUUGUUUUUAAUCAUAUAUUGAUGUAUUUACUUUUUAUUUUUCGUGUGCAUCAUUCCUUUCUGGUUGGAUUUAAUAAUGUUUUGCUUUUUUCCUGCAGUUUGGAUUGGCUGCCGCUGUUCAAUAUAUAAGGAGGAAAAAGUUGGGCUGAGAUAACUUAAGAUACACCAUUUCUGUUUACAGGUAUGGGUAAUUUACCCAUACCUACAAUAGAAAGACCUUCCUUUACCCACGAGAAUUAGGGCUUUGCUACCGGGAGAACAAUGAUGUCAUAACCACUUCUGGUCGCACGUUGUAUAAGUUUUUACUGGUUUCAAAAAUGUUCGCUCACUCGCUGACAAGUGGCCCUCUUCUCCCUUCCCAUCAUCCUCUGCUUCCGCCGUACGCGGUACGCGCGAAGAUGACUGGGGACAAGUGAGGCCCACCCGUACCUGUAGGCAAAAAAAGUGUAUCUUCAAUUAGUGUCCUUAUGACGCAUAGCCACCCAUGGUGGGUGACUGCUUAUAUUUUCAAUGACGUUUUUCGUGUUUUAAUGAUGAGGAAAGUGCAAAAUAUAGGUUUAAGUUGCACAAAGGAUCGAUAGUAGUUGUCAUUGCCGCUUUUUGAAGAUUAAGUAAAAAAGGUGACUACGCACGAGGAAAAGAGCAUGAUCAAGACUUUUAAGGAGGGAUGUUAUCAAGUAAUUUUUGUUCGACAACUGCCGUCGUCCUUCUGUCAUUUUUGUGCCUGUGAAAUGUCCCCGGGGUGGAGGCAUUUGAUCACCUGAAUGGACCCUAGUGUGGGGCAUUUGAACGGCAUUUUGGCCCGGGUAGGGGGGAAUUUGAACAAUAAUUUUCAAAAAGUCAAAUGCCCGGGGGAUUGCCCGGGGGGGGGGGCAUGUUGAAGCUUCGAUUUGACUGAUACAUAAUAACCGUUUACUUCAACUUGAGUAACUUGGUUAGUUAUAUGCUUAAUAGGAUUCACAUGAAUUUCCUGUUUCGAAAAUUCGCUAGAGUAAACAAGAAUUAACACUUAAUGACUGGUCCCCAGGGAAACAGUUAAUUUUGUUUCCCGAGAAUCUCAAUGUUAAGUUUGUUAUAUAGCUGGAAGUUUUCUGUUACCCUCUGACGUCAUAGAUUUUGCUAUGUUGCCCGCUCAGAGAUUUUGGCGCGAAACAGUUCAUUGUUAGAUGUCAUGUGACUUUGAAGUAACCAGUGGGAGCGCGCGCUAGCUUAUCGUUCCCGUUAUCGUUACCUUUACCAUCAUCAUCAUUAUUAUUAUUAUUAUUAUUAUUAUUAUUAUUAUUACUUUUUCUAUCCAUUGGUAUCCUUAUCGUCCUCAUCUUCAUGACCGUUACUUUAAUUACCUUUCUUUACGUACAUAUAUAUCUUCGUAAAACGUUAAAAAUAGGUAUCUUCUGUCGUUUAUUUAUUUACGGCCACCAAUCAGUUAUUAAUAAUCAUUUGGUCAACUAGCAUUCUUUUAUCCCUCUUCACUGUCUCGAAACUUUCCUG